UUCCCCUGUUCUUAGCACUUGGCAUUAUGAGUCAGGCCUUCUGGAAAGUUUACAAAUCGAAAGUUCUGCAGACCUUCAAUGCAGAAGAAGAUGGAGAAAUACAGGAGGAGAGUGACACUGCAGAGAUGAUUGAACCAGAAAAGCAAGACAUGGGAGAAGAGGGGUUAAACAUGUCACAGCUUGCAAAAAAGGUUCAAGGUGCUUUGGGUUGGAGAAGUAUUACUUCCCUGUUUGGUAAAGAAGAAGAAGAACAUAGAACAGAUCAUGGAGCUGACACAAGACCAGAGGAAGAGGAAGAGCAGCCUUCAUCUCCAAACCUGCAAGAAACACCCCAAGAGAGGAAUCCUUCAGCACUAUGGAGUGUGUUCUCUAGACGAUGGCAACAGAGCUCUACUGAACGAACACAGAGCAGAGGUGUUCUGGCAGAGCCACCAGUAGAUUCUAAUGUUGCUCAACACACUGAAGAAACACCAUUUAGGUGGGGUUUCCUAACUAGCAAAAUAGCAGAGCUGCGAAGCAAGAGCGAUUAGAGACUCCUAUAAACAAAGACUCUACUCAUGAGGAGUUGUGUAGCGUGAUCCCUUACUCAUACUGUAAUUUAAUCAAUCCUGGCCUUAAAGAGUUACAUAAAUCAAGACCAUAUGAAAAGUUAUGUAACUUACUGCACCAUGG